AGCCAGAGCGAGCUCAGAAACAAGAUGGCGGCCCGAGUAUCCGAGUCGAAAAGUGAAAAGUUGGGCGAAAAGUUGGACUAGCGCAGCGUUUGAAUGCCGGCGUGGCAUGUAGCCGCCGCCGCUCCGGGCGCCUUCCGUUCACACGUUGACCUCUCGUCGCUAAACUUGACGUCGACGUGCCUUGCGCUAACCGCACUUUGAUGCUUUUUCGGGAGCACACAAGGUCAGAGGCCAGCGGGACAAGAUGUCGGCAGGGGCGUCGUACGACCAGCUGCUGAGGCAGGUGGAGGUGCUGAAGAUGGAGAACUCCAACCUACGACAGGAGCUGCAGGACAACUCCAACCACCUCACCAAACUGGAGACUGAGGCGUCCAACAUGAAGGAAGCGCUGAAGCAGCUUCAGGGCAGCGUGGAAGACGACUCGGAGGAGGCGCCGGGAUCCCAGCUGGAGCUCGUGGUCAGGCUGAAAGAUAUGAGCUUGGACCCCGGCGGCUUCAAAGCCAGGCCGAGGCCUCCCGCGCCGUCUGGCGUGGCGGUGGCGCGGAGAGGGCCGUCGGCGUCCAGAGACGGCGGCCACCACGAGCGCUGCCUGGAGGAGCUGGAGAAGGAGAGAGCUCUCCUAUUGGCCGAGCUGGAGAAGGAGGAGAAGGAGAAAGGCUGGUACUACGCUCAACUUCUCAAUCUGACCGAGAGGAUUGACAGUUUGCCUCUCAGUGAAAAUUUCACGCUGCAGACGGACAUGAGUCGUCGUCAGCUGGAGUUUGAGGCUCGCCAGAUCCACGCCGCCAUGGAAGAGCAGCUGGGGUCCCGUCAGGAGAUGGAGAAGCGAGCCGAGGCUCGCGCUGCUCGCAUCCACCAGAUCGAAAAGGACAUCGGCAAGCUAGGCGCUCGACCGCAGGUGCUCAGCUUGUGUCUUGUCUCGAAGGUGGCUCCGAAGUUGCUCAUCUGCAGUUGCUCAUCUGCAGUUGAUCUGCUGCUGCCGCCGCCGCUGUGUGUGUGUUUGUGUGCGCGUGUGCAGGUGGAAGACACCCGUGGUUCCAACGAAGGCGGCGGCGCUCUGGCGGUCUCCCAGACCGCCGCUUCUCGAUCGGAGCGUGAGCCGGCCAACGAGACGGCCUACUCUGUGCCCCGGCGAAUCACCAGCCACCUGGGAACAAAGGUGGAGAUGGUGUACAGCCUUCUGUCCAUGCUGGGAACGCACGACAAGGACGACAUGUCCCGCACGCUGCUGGCCAUGUCCAGCUCGCAGGACUCCUGCAUCGCCAUGCGACAGUCGGGCUGCCUGCCGCUGCUCAUCCAACUGCUGCACGGCAAUGACAAGGACUCGCUGUUGCUAGGUAGCGGCGGCCACAAGUUGCUCAGCCGCCCGCAGGCGCUGGCAGCCGCCGGCAGCCGCCGGCAGCCGCCGCCUGAGCCGCCGGACCUCUCCUUUUGUUGCCUAGGUAACUCGCGCGGCAGCAAGGAGGCCCGCGCCCGUGCCUCGGCCGCGCUGCACAACAUUGUGCACAGUCAGCCGGACGACAAGCGGGGCCGGCGGGAGAUCCGCGUGCUCCACCUGCUGGAGCAGGUGCGCCAUUACUGCGAGGCCUGCUGGAGCUGGCAGGAGAACCACGAGAGGGGCGCGGAGCAGGAGGACAACCCCGUGCCCUCGCCCGUCGACCAUCAGAUCUGUCCCGCUGUCUGCGUCCUCAUGAAACUCUCUUUCGACGAGGAGCAUCGGCACGCCAUGAACGAGCUUGGUGGCCUGCAGGCGGUGGCCGAGCUGCUGCAGGUGGACUGCGAGAUGUUGGACCUGAGCAGAGACCACUACAGCGUCACGCUGCGCCGCUACGCCGGAAUGUCGCUCACCAACCUGACCUUUGGAGACGUGGCCAAUAAGGCCACGCUGUGCUCCAUGAAGGGCUGCAUGCGCGCCAUGGUCAAGCAGCUCAAGUCUGAGAGUGAAGACCUGCAGCAGGUGAUGGCCAGCGUGCUGAGGAACUUAUCGUGGCGAGCGGACGUCAACAGCAAGCAGACGCUGCGCGAGGUGGGCAGUGUGCGGGCGCUGGUGGGGUGCGCCCUGGACGUCCAGAAGGAGUCCACGCUCAAGUCGGUCCUGAGCGCGCUCUGGAACCUGUCGGCGCACUGCACGGAGAACAAGGCCGACAUCUGCUCGGUGGACGGCGCGCUGGCCUUCCUGGUGGGGACGUUGACGCACCGCAGUCACACCAACACCUUGGCCAUCAUCGAGAGCGGAGGCGGCAUCCUGAGGAACGUCUCCAGCCUCAUCGCCACCAACGAGGCGUACAGACGCAUCCUGCGGGAGCACGGCUGCCUGCCCACGUUGCUGCAGCACCUCAAAUCGCACAGCCUGACCAUCGUGUCCAACGCCUGCGGAACCCUGUGGAACCUUUCGGCGCGCGACGCCAAGGAUCAGGAGGCCCUGUGGGAGCUGGGUGCCGUGGGAAUGCUGCGCAACCUCAUCCAUUCCCGCCACAAGAUGAUCGCCAUGGGCAGCGCCGCCGCCCUGCGAAACCUGAUGGCCAACCGCCCGGCUCGUUACAAGGACGCCAGUGUGCUUUCGCCGGGCGCCGGGGCGCCUUCGCUGCACGCCCGCAAGCAGAAGGCGCUCUUCAAGGAGCUGGACGCUCAGCAGCUCUCCGAGACCUUUGACAACAUCGACAACCUCAGCCCCAAGGCGGCGCACGGGAAGGCGCACGGGAAGGCGCGGGACUGCGGCGGCGGUGCCGGCGGAGGAGCCAACGCCACCCGCUCCUACGCCAACACGCCGGUUCUGUCCAGUCCAAAAAAUGCCGACGGCUGCAAGCCCAGCGCGGACGAGUCGGCGGCGUACGCGCGGCCCGUCUUCGCCGCCAGCGUGCGAGCGUCCAGCGACAGCAUCAACAGCGUAACCAGCGCCGACGGCUACGGCAACCGCGGCAAAACCAAACCGUCCUCGGAACCGCUCUACUCCUCGGACGACAGCGGCGGCGCCGGCAGGUGCUGCGUCUACAGGAAGUACCCGGCCGACCUGGCUCACAAGAUUCGCAGCGUCAACCAUAUGGCGGACGACGACGGUGCCGAGGUGGACACGCCCAUCAACUACAGCCUCAAGUACUCGGACGAGCAGCUCAAUUCCGGAAGGCAGAGUCCCAGCCACCGUGGCAGGACCGAGACGGACCGGCGUGACGAGCAGGCCGGCGCCACGAGGAUCAGGAGCGACGGCGCCAACGCUCGGGUGCCGCCGGCGCAGCCCGCCCGCUACGCCGUCCCGCCGGCCUCCCGCUAUGGCAGCGGCGACCCCGCCGCGCCCGAGCAGCCCAUCGACUACAGCCUGAAAUACGGCGGCGGCGGCGACGUUUCCCGCAAGCCUCCCUUCCAGGUUGUAGACGCCCCGGCCCCCGAUAGCGCCCCCUCUGCACCGUGCCCCCCGCCUCACCUGCAGCCCAAGGGUCAUCAAGAGUCGACGCAGACCUACUGUGUUGAGGACACGCCCAUUUGCUUCUCUGGCGGAAGCUCGCUGUCGUCGUUGUCGCCCGAGGAAGAGGAGGAGGACGCCGACGCGGCGAGGAAGAGGCGAGCGGCCGGGGACGAGCAGCGACAGCGCAAAGAAGUGGAGAGCCAGACGGCCGUUGUCCCCGCUCCGGCGGCGCGAGGACGGCGCGCCCACCACCCUCACCAUCACCACCACCAUGCCCAUCAGCAUCAGCCGGCGUUGGGCGCCCGCACCCCAAAGAGUCCGCCGGAACAGCAGUACGCUCAGGAAACGCCGCUCAUGUUCAGUCGCUGCACGUCGGUCAGCUCGCUGGACAGCUUCUCCACUUCGUCCAUCGCCAGCUCCGUGCGCUCCAGCGAGCCGUGCAGCGGCAUGCCCAGCGGCGUGGUCAGCCCCAGCGACCUGCCCGACAGUCCCGGCCAAACCAUGCCCCCCAGCCGCGCCAAGACGCCGCCACCGCCGCAGACGGUGCCGCCGCCGCCGCCUUCCGCCAUGACUGCAGGGGAGCAGAAGGCCGCCAAGAAGGAGGCGGAGGAGAGCGCCGCCGAUGUCCUGCUGCACUUUGCUACCGAGAGCACGCCGCACGGCUUCUCCUACGCUUCCAGUCUGAGCGCGCUCAGUAUGGACGAGCCCUUCAUCACAGCCGACGUGAAGCGGGACGGCGGCCGGGACCAAAGCCAGAACGGCGGCCGGGUCCCGGGCAAGGAGGAAGCGGCAUCUCAGCGAGUGCUCCAAGAGUCCGACGACGACGGUGACGGCGACGACGACGACGACGACACUCAGAUCCUGGAGGCGUGCAUCAUCAUGGCCAUGCCCAAGUCGUCACGGAAACCAAAGAAGCAGCAACAGCAAGGCAAAGGCGCCCAGCUCCCGGUCUACAAGCUCCUCCCCUCACAGAAGAAGGAGCCGCCAAGCGAGGAGGUUCCCCGUGUCUACUGUGUGGAGGGAACGCCGCUCAACUUUUCCACCGCGACGUCGCUCAGCGACCUCACCAUCGACUCGCCGCCCAACGAGGAGGCCAAUCCCGCCGCUGCGCCCCCCUCCUCCUCCUCCUCGCAAGCACACCGCGCCGGACUUCCAGAGGGCGACAACGGCGACGACAUUCUCGCCGAGUGCAUCAGCGCCGCCAUGCCCAAAGCCAAACCCCGGAAGCCCGUUCGAGCAUCCUCCAGCGGCGGCGAGCCGGCCCCUCCGGCCCCGCCCCUUUUCAUUCCCCAGCAGCACAAGAACCCCACAGGACGUCCCUCGUCGGCCGCUGCGCCGCUAAAGCCGACCUCGCCGGUCAAGCCCACCCAGCGGGCGGCUAAAGUCAAGCCGGGCUUCGCUUUCGACUCGCCGCAUCGCUACACCCCCAUCGAGGGCACGCCCUGCUGCUUCUCCCGCAACGACUCGCUGAGCUCGCUCGAUUUUGACGACGACGAGAAGGACGAAGAGCGGAAGCGGGACGAGGACGGCAAACGGGAUGAGGUCCGCAAACGGCGCGAGCGGGACAAAAAGACGGCGGCGGUGGCGGCCUUCCCUCCGAGUAAAGCCGGCGGCGCCAACCCGCCCGCCUCGGAUGAAAAGCAGAAGUUUGCCAUGGAGGACACGCCCGUCUGCUUCUCCAGGAACUCUUCUCUCAGUUCGCUGAGCGACAUCGACCAGGAGAACAACAACAAUGAGUUUGCGGCCCCCCGGCGGCGGCCGCCGCAGCGGCUGAACGAGCAACAGGGCGGCAGCGCAGAGCCCGCGCAGGUGCCCGUUAAAGCGCCGCCGCCGCGCCUGUGCGCCUACACGCCCAAAGCCUUCCACGUGGAGGAUACGCCCGUCUGCUUUUCCAGGAACUCCUCGCUCAGCUCGCUCAGCAUUGAUUCUGAAGACGACCUCCUGCAGGAGUGCAUCAGCUCGGCCAUGCCCAAGAAGAAGAAGAAGAGUGCCGCCGCCAGUGCCCCUGCCACGCCGCUUCCUGCGGCCAAAGCGGAGGAACAUAUGCUGGCUGAGGAGGAGCCCUUGGAUGUACCGCAGAGCCCCGCCUCCCCGGACUCCGAGUCCUUCGACUGGAAAGCCAUUCAAGAAGGUGCCAACUCUGUCGUCAGCAGCCUCAACGCCGCCGCCUCAUCGCCGUCCCGCCAAGGCUCAUCCGACUCUGAUUCUGUGCUCUCCCUCAAAUCGGUGGGUUCGCCGUUCCGCCUGCCGCCGCCCGCCAGCAGCGCCCCCGACCGGCAGGCCGAGUCCAAGCCGGGCGCCAGGGUGGUCAAACCGUCUGCCGAGGACAAAAAGAAGGGCCAAGAAGACCAGCCGAAGGCGGCGGUGAGGGGUGGCAAGAAGGUUUAUCGGAGCCCCAUCACCGGCAAGCCCAGGGCCGAGCUGGCGGGUCGGGGGAGGAGCAAACCCAGAGCGGCCGCCAAGGCGCCAGGGAGCGGCGACUCGUCUCGGGAUUCCACGCCGUCGCGUUCCUCUCAUAGAGGAGGGAGACCCUCGCAGCUGCCGCGCACAGCGUCGCCUGCCGCCACCGCCAAACCUGGCGCCGCGGCCAGUCAGGUCGGCCGCAACAAUGUCUCAAAGAAGGAGAAGGCGGAAGUGGAGAAACCCGCCCUCGUCCGCCAGUCCACGUUCAUCAAGGAGGUGCCCAGUCCCACGCUCAAGAGGAAGCUGGAAGAGUCCGCCGCCGCCGCCACGUCUCGCAGACAGGAUGCCGUCCGCUCGCAAUCGGAGAGUCCGUCGCGUCCCCAGGACAGCGCGGCCGAGUCGUCAUCGCACUUGGGUCGUACGGGAACCUGGAAGCGGCAGAGCAAACAUUCGAGCUCGUUGCCUCGCGUGGGCACCUGGAAGCGAACCGGAAGUUCCUCUUCGGUCCUCUCUGCCUCGUCCGAGUCGAGCGAGAAGGCCCGAAGCGAGGAGGAGCCUGGUGUCCGAUCCACAGGAACGUGGCAGCGGGCCAAGAGCGCCGGCGCGGGGGAAACCUCGGACUCCGCCGGCCAGGCCGCCGACUCGGAGGAAGUGUGGGUACGCCUGGAAGAUUGUCCCGUCAACAACCCGCGCUCGGCGUCCUCGUGCUCGGCGCGCUCUCCCAAUGCCCCGCCUGUCAUUCCAGGCCUUGUCCCUUCCAAAAUCUCCUCCUCCUCCUCCUCCUCCUUGUCCACCUCCUCCACCAACCUGAACUUACGGCGCAGCUGCGACAGCUUGGACGACAAGCCGGCGGCGGCACCGGAGCGCCUUCAGCAGCGCCUUCAGCAGCAGCAGCAGCAGCAGCAGCGCAGUGGUGCCGUGGCCGCCAGGGUCAGCCCCUUUAACUACACGCCCAGUCCCAGGAAGAGCAACCCUGACUCGGCUGCCUCCACAUCACCCUCUGCUGCCACAUCCAGCGCACCUGCACCUGCCAGGCCCUCGCUUAUCCCUACCCCCGUCACCAAAAAGCGGGAGCCCAAGGGUGGCGAAGGAGGCUGUGCUGGCGGCGGCGAACACGGCUCCUAUAUUGUCACGUCGGUAUGAAAGGCCCCUCCGUUUCAGAAAGCUCAAUCAGGCUGUCAUCUUUUUCUACCACUUAGGAUGUGUAGCGCUUAGCUCGUCUUCCCGCAUGCCCACCCAACCCCAAAAGAAGACGCCGUUCCCUUGAGACGAUUCCGUUCGUGUGGACGCUGUGGAUGUUUUCACUGACAAACACUGUAACGCCUAACUUAUUAAUUUAAAUGUUUUUGGCGACAUAACGCAAGAAUAAAAGUCAACGUUUUAGCUCAA